AUGGAUAAAAUUGUUACUUGUUUGUUGGUGUUUCUUGGGUGGAAACAUUAUAUUCAGUCAGUGGUGGAGGGUGAUGAUACAUUCCCCACCUUAAGAGCCAACCAUAGAAAACUGCAGAAUGACAAGCAGAGUAUAACCAACAUGACUAUGAUAACUGCUUGGAAUGAAAUGUAUGGGGCCACAAAGAAAACGAUAGCAAUUGUAGCGCUUUGCCAUAUCUUUAACUGUGCAAAAGCCCCUUCCUGCACCACAAAAUUGCAUUUGUGUACCAUGUCAUGCUUAAAUAGCAUGCCUAGUAAAGCAUUGAGCUGCGUCAUUAGAACUCCAUCGCCGAUGCCCAAUAAAGCAGCCAAAAAGAGUAUAUAUAGAGUACCGAGAAAUCCACUAGAUAUGCUGAAUAUUGCAAACCUGAAAUUUAGCAGGAGCAAUAUUAGUACAACCGCUUGGGCAAAAGCUCCAAAAGAAACUAUUGAUGUAAUGGAUGUGAGACCGGAUGUGAGACGACCAGCAGCCAGAGAACAUAUUCCAUCAAAAGCUCCAUAUGCUGCCAUUGCAAUACCAACACCAGAAACACCAAUUGCUGGAGUUACAACGUACUUGGUAAAUUCCGCCCAUACAAAUGCUUGUUGUAGACCUGAAUAUGCCAUAAGGGGUAUGAUCAACAACAUCUUCACAUCAGACAAUGCAUCUAAUCAAGAACACAAGAUUCUUUGCCAAAAUCAAAGGAAAAGCUACAAAACUCAAAGAAGUCGAAAAAACAUAGAUAGUGACUUAGAGAGUAAAACAUCAAAAGCAAAAGCAAAGUUCAAUUUCAAAUAUUGA